AUGGGGAAUGGUCAAGGCAAGCCCGUGUGCUUUUCUGAUGAAGUGAACCUGAACCACUUUCGGCUGUUACGAGUUGUAGGAAAGGGCGCCUUUGGGAAGGUUCGAAUCGUUGAGCGGAAAGAUACUGGAUUGACAUUCGCACUGAAGUAUAUCCGCAAAGAUGAAGUUGUUAGAUCGGAAAGCGUGCGGAAUAUAUUGCGAGAGCGGCGGAUGUUGGAGUCCUUGAAUUACCAAUUCAUCUGCAAUAUGCGAUAUAGUUUUCAGGACAUCGAAUAUAUGUAUCUUGUAGUCGAUUUGAUGAGUGGCGGAGAUUUACGAUUCCACAUCUCGCGAAAGACGUUCACCGAGGACGCUGUUCGAUUUUGGAUUGCAGAGCUGGGUUGUGCUUUGCGAUAUAUCCAUGGACAGGGAAUAAUACACAGAGACAUCAAGCCGGAUAAUGUUCUACUGGAUUCCGAAGGGCAUAUACAUUUGGCAGACUUUAAUGUUGCAUCGGAUUAUGUAGGGAAGGCUCUUACUAGCAAGUCUGGCACUCUAGCAUACCUUGCACCUGAAGUCUACUCAGGUACCGGGUACGGACCCGGAGCGGAUUGGUGGUCACUAGGCGUUUUGUUUUAUGAGUGCAUUUACAAUAAGCGGCCAUUCGAGGGAAGCACGCAAAGUGCUUUGUCUGCAGCAAUUAAAAAAGCCAACCCCAAUUUCCCCGUUACCGCACCACCAGUCUCAAUGCCCUGUUUGCAUGCAAUUAGUUCUGCACUUGAGGAAGAUCCUAAAAAACGUAUGGGGUCGAUGAGUUUCGAGAGCUUCACCGAUAAUCCAUUCUUCAGAUGUUUAGAUUUUGAGGCUCUAGAGAAGAAGGAAGUCGAGCCUGUCUUCGUCCCAAAUGCGGAGAAGACGAAUUUCGAUGCCACCUACGACCUUGAGGAGCUUCUAUUAGAAGAAGCACCUUUAGAAGCUCGAGCCCGGAGACAGAAGCCAAGAGAGGAGCUCAAGGACAAUGCAACGGACAAGGAAAUCAGAGAGGAUGAAUUAUACAAGAUGAUAGAAGCUCAGUUCUUGCCAUUCGAUUACACGACUGCAGCGUACGAGAGAUAUGCUGGAGCAUUAGAUGCGAACUCUUCACCCGGCGACACUCCACAUACGCAGUCGCCACCAACUACGCAGCCGCCACCAGUGCCACAAAGCAAAUCUGAAGGAAGUCCCCUUGCCAGUACUACGUCCCAAGGAUCAGCUCCCAGAUCUAUAGAUGACCGACCAGCUUCAAGAAAAGGAAAGCUCACUAAAUCUCCAUCUAAAUCACAACCAGCUUCGCCGUCAGAUUCCCCACCUGGCCAAUCACACCUGCAACCCAACGGGCAACAACGACAAAACGUAAUGGCGUCUCAACCAACCUCACAUCCCCGACCGAACAACCACCGACACGCUUCUUCAAGAUCCGAAAUAGGCGUAGCCGCACCACUUUCACCCUACCAGGCCUCUUACAACCGACAACACCGCCCCUCAGGCACAAGAAAGGAGUCCCAAGGCGGCGGCGUACAAGUUGUCCUCGGUGAGGGUGGAAGCUGGUCCGAGCUAGCGAGAAAGGAUGCUACAUUACCUGCAGACGCCAACUUGAUCGAAGCAGCGCAGAAACCAACGGGCAUGCUCGGUUUCUUGAACAGAAAGCGAGGCAGAGGCCACAGUCCCAAGCCACAAGAGCGCGGGAUUCUAGGCAAGGAAGGCGCGAGGGUUGUCAUUAGCAAUGGUGUUUUAUAA